GAUCCUCUCAUAAGUAAAUGCGCUGCGUGUCCUCGUGAUGACCAGCAUACGAUACCCCCAUGAAGCGAUGAUGAGAGCUGUUUGAGAGUCGAUCCCUGAUUCUCAACAUAGAAGAGGAACAAAACAACCAGCCAAAGAAGUGAGGAAAGAAGAAAAGACAACAAAAUGCGCCCACUCCUCAGCCUCUUUGGCGCUGAUCCUUCACUUGAUCACCAGCAUCCCUUCGAAACCUCAUGGUGCCUACCACCCCUCGUGCUCGCUGGAUACCGCGCCAUUGUCGCCAUCUACAUCUUCUUCUGCAUCUUCUUCAUCUUCGGCUGGUAUGCUACCCAUGACGAGGACGCCACGAUCGGCCAGUCCUUUAGCUACUUCACAUGGCUGAACUUCUGGGGCAUGGGCUUCUACUUCCUCGUCGCAUCGAUCCAUACCUUUGUCUACGCGGCGAUAGGGCGAUCUGCGAUCUUCAAUAAACUGCCGCGAGCCUUCAUUGGCCUUCACAGCCUGUUCUAUACCUGCGUCACAACGUUUCCGUUCCUGGUUGUGAUUAUCUUCUGGGCGAUUCUGUAUUCGGGAAGUUGGUAUACGUAUUGGUUUGGUGCUUGGAGUAAUAUCUCUCAACACGGCCUAAUCGGCUUUUAUGCGCUCCUCGAAGUCUUCCUCACCACCACCCCACCCCACCCACUUCUCCACCUGGCCUUCCUCAUCCUACUACUUCUCCUGUACCUCGCUCUCGCCUACCUGACUCACAAGACCGAGGGCUUCUAUACAUACAGCUUCCUGGACCCCGGCAACCGCGGUCAGCACAGCGGCAAAGUGGCCGGCUACGCCUUUGCGAUUCUGGCUGCUAUCAUCGUUAUCUUCGCUGUGACUUGGUUCCUGAUCUGGUCACGACGGAAGCUGACGGGUGGGCGGAUCAAGAGGGCGAGGAAGGAUCGGGAGCUGGUGUAUUCGAAUCAGCGGGGGCGUUUGGGUCGUCGCAGGGGUAUGAGAAGUGAUCCUGUGAAGCGGUUUAGUCUAGAUAGGGUUAUUUAUUUUCAAUUCUUGGGUUUGUUUAGAAAAUUCUGUGGAGGAUUUGGUUUCUGAUGUACGCGAUGCUUGUUCUUCAUGUGUUAAUAUUUGCUUUUCCCUACCUGACUGGAACUGUGAACCCUAAUGAUCAUUGAUACCCUGCAAUUACAUAUGUACAUCAAUUGAUUUAUAGUCAUGCCUGUGUCGGACU